GAAAACUGAAGACUUCAACAGCAAAUCAUCCAGAGUCAAAAUGAACACAGAUAGUGGUGGGUGUGCUCGCAAACGUGCUGCCAUGUCUGUCAAAUUAACAGCCGUGAAGAGAGUUCAGAGUUCUCCAAACCUAUUGACAGCAGGACUUGAUUCUCAGUCACCAGAUUCAGCUUGGAGAUCAUUUAACAGUGGGAGUAGAGAAACACUGAAUGGCGACACUAGCAGCUCCUCUCUUGCAGCAAAAGGCUUUCGAAGUGUCCGGCCAAACCUACAAGAAAAGAGAUCGCCAGCUCAGGCUCAGAUAACAGUGAAUGGGAACUCUAGUUCAGCAACAAGUCCCAUGAGCCACUUUCAAAGGCCUUUUUCCCCUUCAGGAUAUUCCCCACCAGUCUCACUCAAUUCAAGCUUGGUUCUCCUGCAGCAGAGCAGAACAAUGGAAUCCGCAGAGACAUACUCACAGCAUGCUCAUUCUGUUGGUGGCAGCAGUACCACCAGCACAAUACCAAUCUGCAGAACUUCGGAAGAAGAGAAGAAAGUCACAGUCAUUAAUGCACCACAUUAUGCAGGGAUUGGCCCAGUCGAUGAAUCAGGAAUCCCUACUGCAAUUAGAACGACAGUUGACAGGCCGAAGGAUUGGUAUAAGACGAUGUUCAAGCAAAUACACAUGGUUCACAAGCCUGAUGAUGACACAGACAUGUAUAAUACUGCCCAUGCAUAUAAUACUGGUAACUUCAGCCCAUCCUUUUCUGCUCAAGCACACCCUGCUGCAAGAACACAGACAUACAGACCGCUGACAAAAAGUACUUCUGACAAUGGCACGGAGGCCUUUAAGGUCUCGUCCCCUGUACCUCCACCACCCCCAGCACCACCAAUUCGCCCACGGCAACGAUCUGCACCAGAGAAAAAUGAGUGGGAGCCUCCUGAUAGAAAAGUAGACACACGCAAAUUCCGUUCAGAACCAAGGAGUAUUUUUGAAUAUGAGCCAGGGAAGUCUUCUAUCCUCGAACACGAGAGACCGACGGGUCGCAUAAACCCAGAUGACAUAGAUUUAGAAAAUGAACCCUGGUAUAAAUUCUUUUCUGAGCUGGAGUUUGGACGCCCGCCUCCUAAAAAGCUUUUGGAUUAUGUUCAAGACAAUCCUCCAGGUCUUUCCAAUGAGACCUCCUUAUAUUACAGUCCAACAGAUAGAGGCUUGGACAGACCUUCUAGUUCGACAAGUACUGCAAGUGACUACAGGAAAAGAAGGAAGUCUGAGCCAGCAGUACCUCAUCAGAAGGCACACAGCGAUCAAAAUGCAAAUCGGGCUAGCAUGGGCCAUACAAAUACGCAGAGCACAUAUUCUACACUUAGGAAGCCUGUUACAACCUCUUCUCCAUCGUCUCCAUCAAAAGCAAAAGGUGGGGAUAUUAGCAAAUUGUGUUCACCCCUUUCCAGUUACUCAGUGCCCAACUACAGCAGCUCAAAUGAAUUAGAUUACUGUAGAACCUAUGGACAGCGCUUGGCUGUGCCAAGUGACUCAAGAAGGGCAAUCAGCUACAAGAAUGGCUGGCAAAUGUCCCGUCAGAAUGCAGAAAUCUGGAGCAGCACGGAAGAGACUUCCUCUCCCAAGCGGAAAUCUCGCAGUUGUGAUGACCUGCUAGCAGAUGAUCGUUGUAGCUUUCCUGACCCACAGAAUAAAUCGGAAAGCAUGGUGUCUUUGUUAUGUGAGGAAGAUUUGAAAGGUGGCUCCGCACUUACCUGGGCUUCCCCAUAUGCUUCUGAAAGCCGUGGCUCCAGUCACUCGCGGGCACGUCAUAGAUCAGCACACGACGCUCCUGGCUUCCUGAAAAUGUAUAAGAGGAUGCACCGUAUCAAUCGGAAAGACUUGCUGAAUUCUGAGGUAAUCUGUUCUGUAAAGUCCAGGGUAUUGCAGUAUGAAAAGGAACAGCAUAAAGACCUGCUGCAGGGCUGGAAAGACGCCUCUGCUGAGGAAGUGCCCAGAGACAUGGUGCCCAAUAGAAUAUCUGAAUUUGAAAAGCUGAUUCAGAAGUCAAAAUCAAUGCCAAACUUAGCUGAAGAAGCACUGUCAGCAGUAACCUUCCUCGAACCCCCUAAAAAUGGCUUCUGUACAAAGAGACGGUUUUCCAUCGAGUCCUUGCUGGAGGAGGAAAACCAAGGCAGACAUGCUACUCAGGUACAACGGAAUUACAAACCUAAAACUCUGGUGCCAAUUCACAUUGAAGUGACUAGUGAGGAACCGCAAAGAUCUAAUCUGGACUUUUCAGACAGUGACCAAGAUGGGGUGGUCUCUGACCUCAGUGACUUUAUACAGAUAGAAGGCUCUUCCUUUUGUAGUGAAAGUGAUUUUGACCACUUUUCCUUUACGUCGUCGGAAAGCUUUUAUGGAUCAGGCCACCACCACCACCACCACCACCACAAGCAUCUCAUCAGCUCCUGCAAAGGGAGAUGCCCAGCAUCGUACACCCGCUUCACAACCAUGCGAAAGCAUGAAAGGGCUAAACAGGAAACUACCACAGAAGACCCUAGAAGACAAGACUCAGACUCUGGCCUCUCUAAGAUAGCAUUCCUAGUCAGCCCAGUGCCUUUCCGGAGGAAAAAAACGGCAGCCCCCCAAAAGCAGGCUGAAAAGACUAAAUGCAAAUCAGCUGUCUUUGACGCUCUGGACUCUGCACUUAAAGAUAUCUGUGACCAAAUCAAAGCAGAAAGAAGAAGGGGAAGCUUGCCUGACAACAGCAUCUUGCACAGACUUAUUUCUGAGCUGCUUCCAGACAUUCCUGAGAGGAAUUCCUCCCUUAAAGCUCUUAGGAAGAGUCCCAUGCUCCAGCCUUUUCAUCCACUGCCUCAAGAUGGUGCUAUUCAUUGCCCUUUGUACCAGAACGAAUGUGGAAGAUUACCUCUUAGUGCCUCUUACCAAGACAUGGAAACAACCAACAGCAGCAGCCAAGAAAAUGAUAGUGCACUAUGUUUCGAAGACCAGGAGUCUCCUGGGAACUAUUCUUCUGCUUUCACGGACGUGGGUCGAUGUGCUCCAAAGGAAAGAAGAGGAACUCCAGAGAGAGAGAGACUGCCAGCUAGAGCAGUAUAUGAUUUUAAAGCUCAAACCCCUAAGGAGUUAUCAUUUAAGAAAGGCGAUACUGUCUAUAUCCUCAGGAAAGUGGAUCAAAACUGGUAUGAGGGCGAGCACUAUGGAAGAGUUGGGAUUUUUCCAAUUUCUUACGUUGAGAAACUUCUCCCCCCAGAAAAAGCACAGCCAGCAAGGCCACCACCCCCAGCACAUGUUGCAGAGAUUGGAGAAGCCGUUGCAAAAUACAAUUUCAAUGCAGAUACAAAUGUGGAACUGUCACUGAGAAAGGGAGACAGAGUAAUUCUCCUUAGACGGGUUGAUCAAAACUGGUAUGAAGGCAAACUACCAGGAACCAACCGACAAGGAAUCUUCCCUGUGUCCUAUGUGGAAAUCAUAAAAAAGAAUCCCACCAAAGGAGCAGAUGUUUCUCCUGUUCCUCCAAUACCCCAGAGUUAUUCCAGUGACAGAAUACAUCAUUUAAGUUCAACUAAGCCACAGCGCCCUGUGUUUGCUCAUGAAAAUAUACACAGUGGGGGGGAACCGUUUCAGGUUCUGUAUAACUAUACUCCUAGGAACGAAGAUGAAUUGGAGCUCAGAGAGGGAGAUGUCAUUGAUGUGAUGGAAAAAUGUGAUGAUGGAUGGUUUGUGGGAACCUCCAGAAGAACAAAAUUCUUUGGUACUUUCCCUGGAAACUAUGUCAAGAGGCUGUGAAAUGUUGCUUAUUUUUUUCCUACUUAUUUAUGCUGCAUUUCUGCAACACAUCUGCAUAUAAAGCUGCUAGAAAACAUGCUCCACCAGCCUUCUGUUUUGCUGCUUUGCAAUUCCAGGUAGAAGUCAUCUAGUUCAUCCUCACCAUUCCCAUCCUCAUCCGCCAGCUAGCAGUAUUACCGUUAACAGCUACGAUGGGAUAACUCAGCUUUUAUGUAACAAGAGGAAUUAGUUCAACAUUUAGUGCAUCUUUUUCUGUGUGCAUUAAAUAUUUGCCUGCCCCUACCAAUCUGAAAUAUGCCAAGAAGAAAAAGCUUAAUGGAAGGUACUUUGUGACACUCCAAGUGGUUAUCCAUAUUAUUUGAGGGAAAUUGCAGUACUAUCCUUAAGAAAAAUGUUUUAUCUUCUUUCACCUCAUAUACAGAACAGGUUGUGGCUUACUACUUUUUAACCAUUGUUUUGAGUUUUCACAUUCUUUUUAAGCUCAGUAGCAUAUGUUGCUUUUACGUUGCUGUGUCACUCAUUUUUUUAACUCAUUUGCAAUAUAGAAUAAUCACUCAGACAUAGAGCUUCCAUGGCCUUGUAUGUUGCAACAUAUGCAGAGUGGUUAUAAAAUUUUGAGCAAGAAUAAUUAAAAAGGGGAUUUGCUCUUAAUAGUUGACAUGCCAUGACUUCUGGUUGGAUCUCAAAGAUUUCAUGAGGCUUGAGUAAACGGAGGUCAAACAUUGGUUAAAUCCCCAUUUCCCCAGCUAAGAGCAGCUUCAUGCAUGAAGCUAUUUGCAAAUACACUAAGCACAACUUGCACUUACUGCAUCUGUACACAUUAAUGUCCAGAAGGGCAUGCAGAUGUUCCUAAAGCAGUGUUCUCUCUCCAUAGAGAAAAUAUGUGAGUCGUACAUUAAUGAUGUGCACAAAGACAGGGAGCAGAUGAAAUGCAUCUUCUGUAUUUGCAUAUGUUAAUGCCCUAAGUCAGGAGAGAAGUAUGCAUGUCUUUGCAAGAAGAAGAUGAUCUUCCCAUUGCAAGUGCAGCAUACAUCUCUCUCUCUUUCUCUACAGGGAAAAUGUUCAAAGGCCCCACUUCCAACAUCAGUGGUAUGGGCAAACUUAUCCCAAAGGAAUCCAUGUUUACUGCUUGAUAUUAAAGAAGUGUAAAAAAAAAAUACUGGGAAACAAUUAAGCAAACCAAUAAUGAAAUUGUUGAUGUUGUCUGCUUCUCUGCUAUAUCAAAAAUACUCUGAGUGCAAAAGAAUAUCUGAAAGUCUAGUAUUCAACAUUCAUUUUUCAUUCAAAGUUUCUGCAACAAAAAACCCAAUAUCCAGUGCACAAUUUCACUGCAACACCAACUUGGGGGAAUUCUGCAUAAAGUAUCACACAAUGCUUUUGUUUUUUCCUACAUACUGUAUGUAUACACAUACAUUAAUAAACCUGAACAAUAUUUUCUUCCUGGCCCUUCAGCAUUAAAAAAAAGAAACAGAAAGGCACAAAAAUGAACACAGGUACAUGUGGGUGGAUGUAAUGAAAUAGUAUCAAAUAUUUGAAUACAGUAUUUGUUUUCCUUAUGCAAAGAGAGGCAUCAAUAGUGUAUGAGGGAAAACACAUGAUUUCUCGCAUCUAUGGCUUUAAGUAAGAGUCCAGAUUUGGUUUUGCUGGCACCAUAUAGAAGGCAAAAACAAAACAAAUCCCUUUUCUGGGUAAAGGACAGAUCUUCUCACAAAUAUUUGUAGUCUUGUAGCAUUUUGUACAUAUGUUUGGUUUUUUUGUACAGAGCCAUUUUAUUGUUGGGGGGUUUUUUGAAGAAGAAAACCUGCCCCCUUCCACUAAUAAAUAUCAACAUUUCCUCGUCUUCUUUACCACCGUCCUCCUCCCAAUGUAUAAGCACAUUUGGAUAGUGCAAUUCUGUAAAAUAGCAUCUGCUGCAAAGGUUUUAUGAAGUAUAAUAUGGUUUUACCAGCCAAAUCUUUAAAAAAAAUGUACAUAUGUCUUUAUUAUGGAGAAAUGUCAGUAAGACAGACAAUAAAUCAUAUUUGUGCAGCAUACCUUUAUUACUGCAAAUUUCAUGGCAAAAGCUUUAUAUUUCAAAGGCUUUCCAUUAUUAACUAGAUGUGCAUGCAGCUUUGCUGUGAAAUCAAUACCAUUUAUGAUGGAAGACUUAAAUGUCUGUUGCCUGUGAUAUUUUUAAAAAAGCACUGUUUCUAUUCUCUAUCUGAUUUUAAUAGAACAUUUUUCAUACCUGGCUUUCAGGUAAUUGACUUUGAAUUCUUACAUGCAAAGGGUCUCUGUGUUUUUCCCUUGAAUAGACUUCUAAUAAAAUUUGCUUGGAGUA